UGGCUGUAUUGAUCUAAUCCGCCUCAAUACGCAUCCAUACCCACACCCACCCACACCCACACCCACACCUACACCCCACCCAAAACAAUGUCUGAAUGUGUCGAAAAUAAUAAUUCUAUAGAUACCUUGACGAGCUUUAUCCAAUCAUGACAAAAAAAAAUGAGCAAAAAAAAAAUAUUUUGCGUAAAUUUCGGAUUGUCAGUAGCUGAUAAUUUUAUAAACUAUUGAAUUGUUUUUUAGAUUUUCUAUCCUGAUUUAAUUGAUAAAACAAAAACUCCAUCGUGUAGUCUUGUAAGUAUAUCUAUUCGAUUGCAUUUUAAUUCAUAAUAAGAAUCUUUUCUUUUAUUAAGACUGUUUGUGAAGAUAAUAGAGAUUUUUCAAUUCUCAAAUUUCAUGCUGGACCACCAUAUGAAUAUAUUGCAUUCAAAAUUGUUAGCGAAGAAUGGGAUAAGUCACCAGAACAUGGAUUUCGAUGUCAUAUUCAAAAUGGAGUAUUUCAAUUAUGGCUUCAUUUUCGUAAACAGAAAUAUCGUCGAUAA